AUGGUCAAUGCAUCAUCGAAAAAACGUCCUUGUGAGAAUAGUUCAAGUAGUGAUGAAUCAGAAUCUGAAAAUGAAUUUCAAGUCGAAGCUAUCGUUGAUAAACGUAUAAGAGGAAAAAAAAUUCAAUAUCUUCUUAAAUGGAAAGGUUAUUCUGAUGCUGACAAUACUUGGGAAGAUAAAGGUAAUCUCAAUUGCCCAGAUUUAGUAAAGCAAUUUGAAGAAAAUUCAAAAAAAAAAAACAAUGGAAAAAUUGAAACCAAUACUAAAAAGAAAAUGUACAAAUCAAAAAAGACUAAACUUGAUGAUAGUGCUGAAAAUCAUCAAGUUGAUAAAGAUACAUCAAUGAAUACAAGUAAUACGAACGAUUCAAAUCAAGACCAUGAAAAUGAUUCAGAACAAAAUGGUACAUAUCAUAGUUCAACAUCUUCUAUCUUGAAUGAUUUUGAAUUAUCAACUAAAUCUGGUCUUACAUCUGUUUCUAAAAGUGAAAGUAUGCAUGGUGAUAUAGUUGAAGGCAAGAAAAUUGAUGAUAAUGAAAACAAUGAAACAAAAAUGAGUGGAGAUGAUAAUAAUAAUAUAAAUAAUAGUAGUAUUGAAUUAUUAAAUAAAACAUCACCACUCAAAGAAAAUAUUUCUAAUGAAACAGCAAAGGAACCACCUGUAAAUCUUCGUCUUCGUAUAACGCCAAGUUCGGCAUCAUCAAUAUCAUUAACACUCAAUGAUAGUGAUAACAAUAAUAAUACAAAUGAUAAAUCUACGAUGGAUAAUUCAAUUAUAAUUACUAAUGAUCAAGAUAUAAGGGAAAUCAAUAAUGUUGAUGAACAACCAGUUGAAAAAAUCGAAGGCGUUAGAAAUGAUAAAGAUGGAAUUUCAUUUAGAAUUAGAUUAAUUGGACAACAUGAAACACUAUGGAUGCCAUCUAAAAUUGCCAAUAAAAAAUAUCCACAAGCUGUUAUUGCAUUUUGGGAAAGUCAUGUUGAAUUUACAUGA